UCAGGGGGAGGGGAGGCGGAGGGAUCAGGAAACCCCCCACAGCCCGAGGCGCUGCGGGAGUGGAAAUGGGAGACACUGGUCCAACGGGUCCCUCCAGUGCAACGAGAGGCAGGAGGAGGGUGAGCCUGUGGGGAAGGAAAAGCCAAAAUAUAUGGUGAAGAAUUAUUUUUUCUACUACCUGUUCCGAUUCGCUGCUGCUCUGGGCCAAGAGAUCUUUUACAUCACUUUCCUUCCUUUCACCUACUGGAAUUUUGACCCAUUUGUAACUAGGAGACUGAUCAGCAUAUGGGCAAUUGUUAUGUACAUUGGACAGGCUUCCAAAGACAUCCUUAAAUGGCCCCGUCCAUCCUCGCCACCAGUGGUGAAAUUGGAAACAAGAGUUGAUGCUGAAUAUGGCAUGCCAUCCACCCAUGCCAUGGCAGCUACCGCCAUCUCUUUCACAUUCCUAAUCUCUACAAUGUACAGGUACAAGUAUCCAUUUGUGUUAGGACUGGUGACUGCUGCAAUUAUGUCUACUCUGGUUUCUCUUAGUCGAAUCUACACAGGAAUGCACACUGUACUGGAUGUCAUCUGUGGAGUCCUCAUUACUGGUGUGAUCAUCACUCUUACGUACCCUUUCUGGAAUAUUCUAGACAACCUACAGUUAACCAGUUCUCUAACGCCGAUCAUUGCAGUGGUGCUGACGUUUACCUUGAGUUAUACCUAUCCAGCAUUAGACCAUUACAGCCCAACCAGGGGGGAUACAACCAUUAUCCUUGGUGGGGCAGCAGGAAGUACAGUUGGCUGUUGGCUGAACUAUCAAUACGGUAAAACAUACGAACCUGAGGGAAUGCUCCCAUUUGAAAUACCAUCUGUAACUUUGGACAUAAUGUUCCUGGCUGUCGUUCGCUUCCUCACCGGGGUCUUCAUUCUUUUCCUCACUCGCCAAGUCAUCAAAACUCUUUCCCUCAAAGCUCUGUGUGCUUGGUUUGAUAUUCCAAUACGGGACACAGAAGCCAGGAAAAGACUAGAGAUCGAAGUGCCAUAUAAAUUUGUGACAUACUCAUCCAUUGGCUUCAACGCAACAGCAGUAGUGCCUUUACUGUUUCAAUUCUUAGGACUACUCUGACCAUUGCAAGCAGUCAUCGCCAGAUAAUAAUAUAAUAAUAAUGCUUGUUUGAUAUAGCUCCUUAUCAUGUUGUCGAGACAUCUCAAAGAUUAGUUCAGAUGGUGUCUGAGGUGUGGUUUGCUGACCACCCACCCAAAUUAAUGAAGACCUACCAAAAAAACAUUUCUUGCAAACUUCUUAGUUACUAUUUCCCCCCAUCUGGUCACCGACAUGAAUCAGCUCUAGCCGUGAGCAGGUGGCCAGCCCCAGGUCUCUGGCAGCUAUGCAAUUAGCUUUGACUAGGAUAACCAUGUGUGGCCUGGGAUUAUGUUCCCUCUAAAUUAUACUUUUUCUUGCAAGGAAAGCAUCAUGAGGUGCUCAUGUUAGAACCUCCGCAGUGUGAAAAUCUGGGAGUGAACCCAUGGCCAAUCACUCUUUAACACUGCAGGUUGAGAUUCCAAAUUCCCCCUCACUGCUCUUCCAACAGCUUCGUUUGUUGUAUCUCAGUACUCUACUAUAGGAGAGUAAACCAGUAAUCUGAAAUGUUUUCUCAGGGGUAUUGAAUCAGGGAUUUUUUGCACCGAAAUAUUUUUAAAAUUUAAUACUGUAUUUACACCAGUGUAUGAUGUGUCCAUUGAAGUGUCACUUGCAUCAAUAAUAAUGGUUGUACCCCCCCCUCCCUUGACACCUUCAAGACCAUCUCAAGACCCUCCUCUUCGACCGUGCUUUCGAUCUCCCUCCUUCCCCACCUGCCCUCCACCCUCCCCGCCCCCAACCCUCAGCUCGGGUCCGUAACUCUGUCUGUCCAGCACCUUGGGAUAUCUUCCUGACGUGAAAGGCGCUUUACAAAUGUAAAUUUUGUUGGUGGUGUUGUUGAUAGUUUCAUUAAAUGAAAAGGAUCACUGUGGCAAAGUAAAA